UAAAGACACGUCGAUGAAGAAGGGUUUCGGUUCCCAUUUGAAGUCGUUUUGGUUGUUUUUGAGUCGGUUGGGUAGCGAUGAAGAAACUGUUGGACGACCGGAACAAAGUUCUGGAUGAGGACGUCAAAGCUGCGGUCCAGACAGACGAGAGAGACGGGCAGCAGCUGGUGAGUAAAGAGGAGCAGCAGUGGGGCUCCGGUGUGGACCCGGGGGAACCAGAACCUCUCCAUGGGGAGGAGAGAGAUAUGGUCACCAAGUUCCACCUCAACAUUGUCAAUGUUAAGAGUGAAGAGGAGGAGGAGCCUCCGACCAGCAGCUCAGCUGGAUACAUGAAAACAGAAAGUGAUGACAGUGGAGGACCAGAACCAGCCAGCUUCUUGGAUCCAGAGCUCCACUCUCACGUCCAAAGGUCACUCUCUUCUGACUCUGAUACGGAUAACAGUGAGGACUGGAAGGACGCCAGCAACACUCAAUCAGCCUCAAACUCCAAGAAGAGAGACCACAAGCCUCUCGACUGCUCCAAAUGUGGCAGACAGUUCUUGUACCAGAAAAGACUGGCCUGCCACAUCAGAACCUGUGGAGAAAAAGUCUUUCCUUGCACAGUUUGUGGCAAACAUUUUGCAAAAAAGGGAGUUUUAAAGGAGCAUGUGCUGACCCACUCGGAAGAGAGACCAUUUUGUUGCUCAAACUGUGGCAAACGUUUCCAUGACCGUCAAAAUCUGAAGCGGCACAGCAGAGUCCACACAGACGAAAAACCCUUUAUGUGCACAGACUGUGGGAGGUGCUUCGCUCGGCGGGAAACACUGAAGAGUCACAUGAAGAGUCACACAGGAGAGAAACCUUUCUCCUGCUCAGAGUGUGGGAGAUGCUUUGCACUGAGUGAAUCACUGAAGAGCCACAUGAGAAUACACACUGGAGAGAAACCAUUUCGUUGCACGCAGUGUGGGAAAUGCUUUAGUCAGAGAGGAGCUCUGUCGUCCCACAAGAGGCAUCACACUGGCGACCGGCCAUACUGCUGCUCAGUGUGUGGGAAGUGUUUCACGCAGAGUGAAGCACUGAAGAUUCACAUGAGAAUACACACAGGUGAGAAACCCUUCAGUUGCUCAGACUGUGGCAAGUGCUUCACUCAGAGUGAAUCCCUGAAGUCCCACUUGAGGACUCAUACUGGAGAAAAACCGUUUGCUUGCUCCAACUGUGGAAAGAGUUUCAAACAGAAGUCUCACUUGAACAGGCACAUGAGGAUUCACUCCGAGAAGAAACCGUUCAGCUGCCCCAUAUGCGGGAAAUGUUUCAAUCAGGGAGGAGACCUGACCAGUCACACCAGGACUCACACAGGAGAGAAACCAUUUACCUGCAUCGAGUGCGGGAAAUCUUUUACCUCAACCAGCAGGAUGAACAGACACAAGAAGAACCAUGAAGCAGAGCGAGUGGCUGCCACACCCGAGAAGCUGCAGGCAUGAUCCAUCACCUUCAUCUGCUGAGUGCAGAAAUCCCCUGUCAUUCUUUCACUAUGGUGUCUGGAACAUCAUUUGGUUUGUCCCUCAUCACUGCUCGGUUACAGUUGGACUGGAAUCACAUUCAUGCGCUUGGGUGUGGACUGUAGUCCUUGCUGCUGUAGAGAACGACUGUGAAGUUCAUUCCUUGUAUAAGAGUAUCUGGCAAUAACAAUGACAAUCAUGAUGUAAAGAAGCAGCUGGAGCACAUGAGCAGACCAGAGCUGUCAGGUGGCAACAGGUUUUAGUUUCACAUGACGGACCAAGCCAGAGAGAAUUUUCACGUGUUUAUGGACUUGUGUCGAGGGAUUAGUUUCCAUUGUCGAUUAAUCUCAAGAGAAGACUUUUUUUCCUGGAGCUUUCUUUCACUCUUCGAUGACUUAACGGACUGGGUCCACUCCAUCAGGAGAACCUCAUGGAUGCAUUUUUAUCCAUCCAAAACUUAGAAGACAGAAUGGACCGUUCACACCAAUAACAGUUGUUAUUGGGUUUACGAGUUGAACUGUUUCUGGUAGUCUUGGGGGUCAUGUCGUGAGAGACCCCCAUGGCAGCAUCAGAACUGUCUCACCACAGAAGCAGAGUAACGGUGUGGAUAGUGGAAUGAAACUUCUGUGUGUGUGUGUGUGUGUGUGUGUGUGUGUGUGUGUGUGUGUGUGUGUGUGUGUGUGUGUGUGUGUGUGUGUGUGUGUGUGUGUGUGUGUGUGUGUGUGUGUGGGCCAACUCCUGACAAAACACUAUCCUCGUGGGGACUUUAUGUCUUCGUGGGGACAUAAGGAGAAUUUGAGAAAGACUUCAAAAUAACUGGGUUAUUAUAUUAAGGUUUCAGUUUGGUUCAAAGUCCUGGUUAAGGUCAGCCAUGUGUUUUGGCUGGUUAGGUUUAGGGCCAUGGGAGGUCCCCACAAUGUCCCCACAGGGAUUGCAAUACAAAUGUGUGUGUGGGGGCUUGUUUAUACUGCGUUUUGGGGACCAAUACCUGACAAAACACUUUCCUUGUAGGGACAUUAGGGGAAGAAGAGCAAUCUCUCCAUCAUCAAAGUGAGGAGAGGUUGGAACGAAACACUGCUAUUGAUAGAAUCCGGACAUGCAGGUGGGACCAGCGAAAGAAAAAAUGCUGUGCGAGAAUGAAAUAAAUCAAAUUCAAAUGGUUCGGUCAGACUCCAUAGACACCAACCAUCUGUACCCGGAGGACAACUCAGCUGUCUAUGGUGUAGCUGGCAUCACGCCUGUGGAGUGACACUCUCCCAACAGAUCCAGUUGGGCCAUCGACCCGUCUCACUGCAGGUAGAAAUGCAGGUGUUCCAUAAACAUUUAUUCAGAGAGUUCAAUUUGAAUUCAAAUAAACAUGAUAAUGUGAAGGUUCUUCAGCAACUCAGAAACUCAAACUGGCCCAGCCACCUCUCGAGACCCGGAUCGGGAGCAGUCUUUCCACAUUUGCAUUUCCUCACAGACACUUUCCAUCUGACACAGCUAACGGUUCAAAGAUCGGAAAACAUGCUGCCGCUUGUCUUGACAACAAGCCGAGACGAUAUAGACUUCACCCAGCUUACACUGACAUAUCACCCACGUGGGUUCCACUUGUAGUUUCGCUCUUCAUUUUUUGCGUGUGCUUUUUCAGUUCAGCAAAAGAACUUGCAGCAGCUGAACUCAGUUUCUGCUGAUCAUAGCAAAACCGCUGAGUGGACGACAGCAGUCAGGUCGUAAGGUUAGUCUCCCGCUGUGGUCACUACAAGAGGAGGUCAGUCGCGUGGGAAGUCUGUGAUGAGUUUAGCAUGACUGGAGGAAGCAGCAACACCUGGGAAACAGCACAACAAUAGUUUAAUUUCUGUUUAAGUUGAAACACAGGAGUGACACGCACACACACUGAAAUGAUUGACUGAUUUACAAACACAUUUGCAGCAGGGUCACAGUAUCAAGAGUCUCUCACAAACAUAGACUCCAAUUGUCUGUUUUUUCAUAAGGGCCGUAGCAGAACAUGUUUCAAACGAGCAUUCUGGUAAAGCCAGAAGAGCAAAUUCAAUGUAAUUUACAAAGAUCAUUCUGCGGUCCAUUGGAGUGUGUGACUUACUCCUUCUCAGGGUCUCGCUCUGCAGGUCAGUCUCACCACCAGGUCAUCGAUCGGCCGGGGCGCACCAGGACGUGUGGCUCCUCAUGUGUCUCGCCAGGUUACACGAGCGACUGAAACUCUUCCCGCACUUCGAACAGGAGUACGGUUUCUCUCCUGUGUGAGUUCUCACGUGUUUCGUCAGGUCUCCUUUGGAGCUGAAGGAUUUGCCACACUCUGAG